AUGCUAAGUGCUGAGCUGGAGAAUAUAUUUGGGCUACAAGCAACAUCACCUCUUGUAUUCAAGGAACAGGGCCCAGGAAUUGAAUUGCUUACUGACCUACUGUCCAAAUAUCUACUACGCAACUAUAAAGAGAAGCCUGUGCUGGCCAAGUGGCUUGAAGACCUGACUACUGCUGCAGAAGAAGUCUCAAAGGGCAAUCCAACUUCUAUCCAGCUUAAGCAAACUUCCAAGUUGUCAGUGGUACAGAAACAAACCAACAAGUACCUGGAACUUGAGGCCAAAAUGGCUAAAACAGCACAAGGGUGUAACUGGAGACAUGGAAUUGAUGACCUAGAGGAUGUACCAGAGGAAGCAACCCUGUACACAACAGGACAACAUGGCUAUUCCAAAGUUGACAAGUUAGUUAUCAAGUGUAAAAGCAAGACAACAAACAAAAUCCAAUUUCAAUGUUCUGCAGCUGGUUGCCAAAAGUCCUGGACCAAUUGUCAGCCUCAGUGCCAAUUUGCUCAUGCAAUUGAAGAAUUUUGUUUUAUUGACCCUAAUAUGCUCACUGAGAUUUCUAUGGUGGCUAGUAAAAUUGCACUUGGAUCCAAAGUUGCAGAACUUGACUCCCAGCCCUCAGUAUUUUCUGCUGCUCCUGCUGCGGGCCAACAAGCCAAGCAACUUUGCUUUGACCUAUCAGAUGUUAACUAUGUCUGCACAGCACAGAUUCUCCCUAGCAAAGUUAAUCUCCCUGAGUUUGGCAAAAUGAUUCAAACAGCUGACUCCUAUACUACACCUAAGUCUGGCUCCUACCUUGCUCAGUGUCAACUUCCAAUGGAAUCAGCUAGGAUUUGUUGCAGCACAGUCAAAGAACUACAACUAUACAAGGACCUCACAAUAUCUUUUGACAGGGGGACAGCAAUUUGUCCACAAAGCUUCACCACCAUUCAUAUUACAACACCAGAUACUUGGGAAGCCCACUUGAUGAAGGCAGUUGAAGCGUCUGGCAUAUCUUGUACUGGGCAGUAUUAUGUGAAGAGCUGA